AUGAAAAGGCGUGAUCCUAACAUUCAAGACAAUGAUGGCACGACAGCACUCAUGUUAGCUAGUCAAAAUGGUCAUCAACACGUGGUUGAGUUACUCCUUAAGGAAAAGACUGAUCCUAACAUUCAAGACAAUGAUGGCAGUACAGCACUCAUGUUAGCUAGUCAAAAUGGUCAUCAACAAGUGGUUGAGUUGCUCCUUAAUGAAAAGGCUGAUCCUAACAUUCAAGACAAUGAUGGCAUGACAGCACUCAUGGAAGCUAGUCUAAAUGGUCAUCAACAAGUGGUUGAGUUGCUCCUUAAUGAAAAGGCUGAUCCUAACAUUCAAGACAAUGAUGGCAUGACAGCACUCAUGGAAGCUAGUCUAAAUGGUCAUCAAGAAGUGGUUAAGUUACUCUUUAGUGAAAAGGCUGAUCCUAACAUUCAACACAAUGAUGGCUGGACAGCACUCAUUGCAGCUAGUCAAAAUGAUCAUCAGCAAGUGGUUCAGUUACUCAUUAAUAAAAAGGCUGAUCCUAACAUUCAAAAGAAUAAUGGCGCAACAGCGCUCAUGGUAGCUAGUCAAAAUGAUCAUCAAAAAGUGGUUGAGUUACUCCUUAAGGAAAAGGUUGAUCCUAGCAUUCAAGACAAUGAUGGCAGUACAGCACUCAUGUUAGCUAGUCAAAAUGGUCAUCAACAAUUGGUUGAGUUACUCCUUAAGGAAAAGGCUGAUCCUAACAUUCAAGACAAUGAUGGCAUGACAGCACUCAUGGAAGCUAGUCAAAAUGGUCAUCAACAAUUGGUUGAGUUACUCCUUAAGGAAAAGGCUGAUCCUAACAUUCAAGACAAUGAUGGCUGGACAGCACUCAUGGAAGCUAGUCAAAAUGGUCAUCAAGAAGUGGUUAAGUUACUCUUUAAUGAAAAGGCUGAUCCUAACAUUCAAGACAAGGAUGGCAUGACAGCAUUCAUGCUAGCUAGUCAAAAUGGUCAUCAACAAGUGGUUGAGAUACUCCUUAAUGAAAAGGCUGUUCCUAACAUUCAAAGCAAUGAUGGCAUGACAGCACUCAUGGUAGCUAGUCAAAAUGGUCAUCAACAAGUGGUUGAGUUACUC